AUGAUUCGUUGCCAUAGUUUCACUGAUAAGCCUCUAGAACCCGAAGAAUCAAAGCGGAGAAAUGCUGAAUGGAAGCCUCCAAAAGAAUUUCCCGAUCUGACUGGUUCUACUACAGUACCUAUCAAUGUAUUUGGAACAUUGAAACCUACCGGUUGUAAAUUUCUUCGAAUAGAUAAUCGAUUACCAAUGGAGGAUUUAUUUCAAUUUAUUCUCGAAGAUUGCGGAGGACAAAAACCAGCUCUCAUUUUAAGUAUUUAUGGUGGAGCUAAAUAUUUUACUAUGACAGAACGACUUGAAAAAGAAUUCAUAAGAGGUGUUAUUGAUGCUGCUACUACAGCUAAUGCAUGGAUUCUUACUGCCGGCAUCAAUAAUGGUGUAUCAAAAUUGGUCGGUGAAGGUAUUUCACAUUAUCGUCUCUUACGAGAAUAUUGGAUUAAAGUGAAAUGUAUUGGAAUGACUAUGUGGGGUACAAUAAAUGACAAUACACGUUGUGAACUUAAACGUGCAUCAAGUGAACCUCUACCAACAUUAUGUGAACGACAGAUUCCAGAAAAUACUCAAGAAGAUAAAGCAACAAUCGAACCAAAUCAUACACAUUGUAUUUUAUUCGAUAGUGGUAGAUUGAAUGAAUAUCUCAGUGAUUCACAGCGUGAUGUAUUUGUUACUGAAGCAUGUAAAGAUAAAGAUAAUAAUCAUACAUGUAUGUACCUUAAAAAUUUUCCUAUAGCAGUCACGAUCGCGAUUUCGACCUUGCUUAAGGGUCU